AUGCAGAGGAAGCGAAAAAAUUUUGGAACAAUUGGCUACAAGGUGGAGAGUGGCACGGGAAACGCAAAAUCGAAUCCCAGCAAGCGACACAGAGAGCGUUUGAAUGCCGAACUCGAGCACCUGGCCAGCCUUCUUCCGUUUGAGCAAUCAGUCAUUGCAAAACUGGACAAACUCUCCAUUCUACGACUAGCUGUCUCUUACCUGCGGAUGAAAGGCUACUUUCAAGGUAAUUUAUCCACUUCCCCUUCUCCUCCUCUUCACGCACCAACACAAAAAGCGCUCUGCUAUAAAUCAGCAAAAGCAGCAACAGCAAAAGCAGUUGUGGCAGCAUUGCGUGCGUGCCAUAUUUCGUUUCGUGAAGCCAGUUUAUUCGAAGAGGGAUGGUGGUGCAGGGGUGGAGUGCCUAAACUGUCGCAUUCACCUCUUUCCCAUCUCCCCUUUCACUUGCCUCCCAUGCAAAGCCACGCCAACCACAGGCAAACCGAGUGA